UAUCAAAAAUCAAAUUUUUAGUUUUUGGGUAUUAUCAAAAUCUGAUAAAGAUUGAAUUUUUACUAUCUUGUUACUAUAAAUAGUUAAUCUUUUUAUUUGGGUUGUUUUUAGAAUUUUUUUUUUUUUUUUUAAGAAGAGUUCUUGAUUUUCAGUUAUGAUUAAGAUUUCUGAGAAACUUAACAAAUGGAGGGACUAUUUUGGGAAAGCAAAUUUAGAUAUAUUUGAUAUAAUUGAGAAUGCUGUAAUGGUGGCAGCUAUAGAUCAUCCAAAAGAGUUCAAAUUGAAAAGAGAAAGAAUUGUUGAGUUGCUUUUCACAUGUAAAAUCACUAAGUCUUUUGGUAGUGACAAGGUUGAAUUAGUUGUACCAAAUGCUGAUGAAGUUGUGCCAAAUGAGGAUACAAAAAAGUGUAAAAAUGAGUUUGUUAAAGAGUUUGAAGGUUGUGAUAUUAAAGAAAACAAAAGUGAAAUGAAUGUGAAUAAGAUUUUUAGCAAUUAUAGCUAUGGUGAAGCUGAGGCAUUGACUGACGAGAUAGAGAAAGAGAAUCAAACUGUUAAGGAGGUCCUACGAAUCAAAGAAAUCAUCGAUAACAAUCAAAACGAGUCCGAAUCAGUUAUAUAUGAGAGCUUAAGGAGGCUUCAACUGAUGGCUUUGUCUGUGGAGACUUUGAAGGCGACAGAGAUUGGGAAGUCGGUUAAUGCUCUCAGAAAGCACAACGCAAAUAAUAUUCGGCAUCUGGCCAGGACAUUGGUCGAGGACUGGAAGGUUAUGGUACACGAGUGGGUGAAGGCUAUAGCAGCAUUUCAAGAAAGCACCCCCGAAUCUAUGAAAGCAUCUGUUGUUGAUGAAGAGGAGGAAGGACUUCCUUCCCCGCCCUUGGAGGACUUAGCUUUCAUUUCUACUCAGACCACUUCAAUCGAGUUUUCAAAAUUCUUUGAUGGCAUGGAUGACGAUGGAAAUCUUCAAAGCAGUGGGGAAUCCAACAAGAGCCAUGAAAAUGGCCGGAAGGCAUCGGUAGAGAACAAUAAUCCUGUACGGAAGCAGCGGGUUACCGAGAACGUCACUGUUGCUCCAAAGGACAAGAAGGGUGAGCAACCAAAGAAUAAAACAUCAGUUGUCAAACCAAAUAAGCCUUCCGGAGGCGAUUCAAGAUCUGCAAGACCGAUAAAACCAACAUUUGAAAGGCAGCUCAACGUUGUCAAACCAAAUAAGCCUUCUGGAGGCGAUUCAAGACCUGGAAGACCGAUAAAACCAACAUUUGAAAGGAAGCUCAACGGUGAGGAAAGGAAACUCCUGCAGAAAUCUGACAAAAGCAAAAUUCAAAAGAGGCCUGUGCCUAUCCAACAAAAUAGAUUGAAAUAUCCAGAUGAGGGCGCAGAUCAUGUGAAACUUGAGUCAACAAAGAGAAAGCUCCAGAAGCGUUGCCAUGAAGCUGAGAAGGGCAAGAGGCAGCGGACAAUUCAGGUUAUGGAGUUGCACGACAUUCCCAAACGGGUCCUCCAAAAGAAAGGUCCCGGCCUUAGAAAUCCUCAUACGAGACUAGGUAACCAUAAUAGGCAUUUGGUAAAUGGGCAUCUGUGAAUCAUUUCUUUGCCUUUGCAAGUCGCCUUACUGAUCUCAACUAAUCACUCAAAACAUAGUGGAUCUCAUCUAGUUGAACUCUAUAGAUAGGUCACUCCCGAAUUAGGAGAGGCAUGAGGUUUGAAAUGUUGUUGAGUUAUACAUUUUCCUGAAAAAUACAGGACAAGGUUUGGCACCUUUGUUCUGAAUUUCUUCAUCUGUUGGAAGGUCCUGAGUUGUGCCCCCCUUUUUGACGAGUGUUUUUUGAACAUUAAUUGCCCCUCCCCCCCCCCCCCCAACACACACACACAGAGAGAGAAAUGCCCUGAUUUGCAAUUUACACAGAAUAAGUGCAUUUUCAUGAGGCUGGACCUUUUUGUAUACAGAUGAUUCAAUUAUGAAAGGAAUACAAAAGUUGGACUUAUGCAGCUAUUGUUUGAUCAAGCAGCUUGUGUAGCUGCUAAUUCUUACCAUGUUUUGUGUUAAUGCAAAUGGUUUUGUGUAGUGCUUUAAGGCAUCCUUUCUCCGAGGAGGCGAUGUAGCUAUCGGAGAGUUGGAAGUGAUAAAUUUGGGCAAAAAAAUUUCUGAACCAUAGCAAAGGCGACAUUAGGUGAAUUCUU